CGGCGGUACUGUAACUUUCAAGUAUCAUAACUCAAAAAGUACUAAUGAAAAAAUAUUUUCUUACAGUGUAUUUUCUUACAGUGGAAAGCUCUCAACACCAGCUAUUAGAUUCUGGAAUCAAAAAUGGGUAUUCCAUUUUUUAAAAUCGAUGUGACUUUGACCUGACCUUAGGGAUGUCACCCCAAGGUCAAAGAUAAGAUCAACAAAUAGAUUCUUGUUGAAUCCUACAACUUUUGUCUGAAACACUUUUCUAUAAAACUUAUAUUUCCCAAGAUAUUCAAGUGGCCUGACCUUUUUGGAACACCCUGUAUAUGCGGUAUCCGCGGUACACUUGUCUCGUUAUAUAUGUAUAUAUAGGAUUGUUCAGAUAAGGGAAGUUCCCUCCAUUGCUAUACCAUUCUCGCGGGAUAGCGCGCAUGCACCGGUUGAAAUUGUUGAGGGUGGGGCAGGAGCCAUUCACGCAACACGUAUUCGCAAAUCUUCUCGCAAAUCGUCGCCACUCGUUGCCCAGUAUGAGCAAAGCACGACUGGAAACCAUGGCCACGAUGACCUGCAUGAAGACCCUGCUAAUGCUCUUCAAUUUCAUCUUCUGGGCGUCCGGGGUGUUAAUGUUAUGCAUCGGAAUAUGGAUGCGCAUCCAACUACGAGAUUACAUGAACAUGAGCGUGCAGGGCAGCGGAGCUGCUCUACUAGCACUUGCAAGUUUAGGUGCGGUGUUAGCGGUCGCAGCGGUCCUCGCCUGUUGUUGCACUGCACGCGGUCAUCCCGCUCUCCUGUAUUUGUACGGUGCGUUUCUGGCUGUCGUGGCUUUACUGGAACUCGGUGCGGGCGCGUCGGUUUACGCUUAUCGCACGAGCUUGAACGAGGGAUUUGAUCAAGGUCUGAACGAGAGCAUGGUUGCCUAUGGACAGGACCAUUCCAAGAGUAGUCACAUCGAUACCAUGCAAUCAACUUUGCAUUGCUGUGGCAAUCGCGGUUAUGUUGAUUGGCUCAAUUUGGAUCCGCCAAAGGACGUUCCCUUAUCCUGUUGCAAAGUGCUACAGAAUAAAUGCGACACAUCGGAUGUAGAGAAAAUUUAUAUCGAGGGAUGUUACAAUCGCUUACUGGAUCUUAUAAAUAGCAACAUCGGUCUGGUGGCCGGUACGGCGAUCGGCGUAGCUUUUUUCCCACUAGUUGGUAUCUUCCUGGCAUGCUGUCUAGCUAGCAAUAUCAAUAAGGCCGAGUACGAGCAAGUUGCUUAGGCAUGGCAUUUGCGCAAAUUGCAACGGUCCUAUCAGAAAACAAAACCUAUAUCCUUAACGACAACGGCGAACAUAUAUGAUUUAAUGGGAAAACGGAAAUGAUCUCAAUCGAGGCAAGCGCGUACUUUAUCAAUUCGAUUUUAGUUAACAAUUUGGUACGAAAAUUGAUUAAAAAUGUAUAAUAUAAGGUCCACUUGUAUAUGAAGUUAUAUCUAAAAUGGAUCUUAUACAUAAUUAUGUAUUUGCAUCAUUCUUAUAUUGAUUUUUGUUGUACUUAAGCCCUCGAUUAAAUUCGUGCUUUCAUGUUUUGGCUAUGAAUCAUUUUAAUCAAAAUUAAUAUAAAUCGAUAAUGUUGUAUCGAAGUAUGUUUACUUAAUAUCGUUACAAGAUGUAAUAAUCUUCUCAUACAUUUAGAAUUUAUUUGAAGAUUAAUCUUCAAAUAUACUUCAUACAACAAUUAAAAAGAAUAUACAGAUCUUAAUAUACAUAAUAUUUAAGAUCUUUUAAACAAAGCAUUUACAAACUAACAUGUUAGCAGACAAGAGAGAAUACGAAAUAUACUAAUUUGAGACUAGUAGUCGCUGAUGAGCAAGUUUCUUUGAAUAUGAUUUAUAAAAUUUUUUUAAUGUUAAAAAACGUAUGAGAGAUAUCUAGAUUAUUGAAUAAAACAUGACAUAUUCCUUUGCAUGAGAGGAUUAAAUAACGUUGUAGAAUGCGAACGACGCAUGACUAGCAUUUUUAUGAAUUAGCAGUAAAAAUAUGACUUGAUUAUUGCUAACUUUAAAAAUAUCGAAUCGCAUUGUACAAACUGAAAAAAAAUUUUAAUUUAGAUAUAAGUUCUAAAAUUUGGUGAAAGUCAAAUGACGUGUUUAUACAUAACAUAUAUUACGUAUAUAUGUAUAUAUACAUGCAUACAUAUAUAUGAAGAUAGAAC